UUUCACUUCCUUGGCGACUCCCUUUGCUGCCUGCAGACUCGCAUCCUGGCGCCUACGCUAAUCAGUCCUCCACUUCAAACUCGGCGGCAACAUAUAAGCGCUUCGAUCUCGCGAUUCCAGUCAGCAUGGCCAGUUAUUCAUUUCUUCCAGCCGCUCACAAGAGUCGGCGUAUGCCGGGCCAAAGAGAGAAGGCUCAGGUUACCAGCAAGGCCACGAGACGUAGUGAUCGCAUACGAGCAGCGACUGAGGAGAGCUCCAAGCCUCAGAUGAAUACUGACCCUCAAGUUCUAUACUCACUAGAUCCGGAGCAUUUCUCGAAUCCCAAACAAACCCACGCACAAGCCCUCGAUACAAAGAAGCGAAGUCGUGACUCUGAGGAGCAUACAUCAACCGAACGAACACAGAAGCGUUUACGAACCCAAAACCCCCCUCCCACGAAGGAAGCUGGAAGAAAACGGCAUCGAGAAGACGAAGUCUGUCCCUCCCCUGUCUCGUCUGGGCCGUCACCUCAACGACUGCGAACAUCUGCGACCCCUACUCAGAAGACGAUUAAAGAGGCUCGGAUUGAGUACUGGAGAGAUAAAGGCACCUGGCCAACAGAACAACAAGAGACAACAAUGCAUCGUUUUCGAGAACUUGUUGAUGGUGCGCGUGCGAGAAAACGAUCGCUGAGCCGUAAACGCUCAAAUGCCAGCCUGAAUUCGGAAACGUCCCAGACACACACCUCAAGCAACCAACAACCUCGAGAUCAAAAGAGUGCCCCAUAUAGGCAUGCACUGUUUGAGGAGCAGCUGAAGGAAUGUGGAAGCUUCAUGGAUGAGGACGAAGAAGGCGUGACUGCUGAAAGCGAAGAGCUUUGCCGAAUGCUCCUCGGAGGGAUACAAUCACCACCUGCCCAUACCCUUUUCUCCGACGGCAAUCUGUUCAAGAAGACAUGCAAAAGAAUCAGAGACGAAAAUGAGACCAAGGUGGUUCGCGAUAUUGCACCCCUCAUUGUUCCUUCGGCAGAGAUUCUAGCCGAUAGGGGAGCUACGCACCUAGAGAUUCUCCGAGAGACUGUCAACGCAUGUUGGGUUAUUUCUACUACAUUUAUGAAACCCCCAGGUUCGCGUCCUGGUCCCCGUCCCCAGCCAGAUUUUGGUCUUGGGUUCAAGAGAGAUGCCUUUAGUCGAGAACAGCUCCAGAAGCUACAGCCUUUCCUUGGUGACCUAAUCAAGGAUUCUACUCUUAUUGCGGCCACGUAUAACAUGUACCUUCCGUUCUUCUCUGCCGAAGUCAAAUGUGGAGCAGCUGCACUUGACAUUGCAGAUCGACAAAACGCUCACACCCAGUCCGUCAUUUUACGCGGUUUGUACACACUCUUCCGCUUAGUUGGCCGAGAGAAGGAGCUACAUCGAGAAAUCAAUGGCUUUUCAAUAUCUCACAGUGAUGUCGACGUAAGAAUUUGGGGCCAUUACGCCGUGAUUGAUGGGGACGAUGUCAAGUAUUAUCGCCAUCCAAUCCGCAAGUUUGACUUCACGGAGCUCAACGGGAAAGAGAAGUGGACGGCAUACACUUUCGUCAGGAACAUCUACGAUUUGUGGGUUACAAAGCACUUUAGAAGAAUCUGCAGUAUUAUUGACAUGCUACCGGCGGAUUUGAACUUCGACGUCUCCGAGCAAGGCCUGGGAUCGGCCACUACACAUUCAGGAUUAUCUCAACGGUUUGAGAGCUACGAACUCGACGAUGAACAAGCGGUACCGGAAAGCCACGCAAGCCCCCACGCAAGCGUCCAGCCAAUCACCCCCGAUACGACAAUCGGGACUGAGUCUCCCAAGCACAAGCAUAAGAAGAGAACGCACUCACGUUGA